AUGCAAUAUGUUGAUGGUUUGGAUGUAGCAAGGACUAUGCUUUAUGAAGUCCAUGGCAUCUAUCAAAACACCAAAACAGCUUGGGAGCUAGUGUCUGACGAAAACAACUGUCAAACCUAUUCGGCUCAGAUUGACAAAGACUUGAUUCAUUUCAAAUCGUGUGGAGAGAUUGAUUGUUCGGCCGAACAAGUUUGGAAUGUUUUAUAUAAUCCAGAAAAUCAAGAAAUUUGGGAUAAUUUUUGUUUCAAAGUGAGCGACACGAUUGGCAGUGUCGACACGUUCAAUAGUGGAUGGACACUCUUUCGUCGGCAAAGCGAGGCAGAGUUUUAUUAUAGAGAUGUAAGCGAUUUCAAGGUGGACAGUGCGUUCAACAGACACUUGAAUGCGCGGGUUGGCGGUACCGAGCAAUACGGUGUGGUCGAUUUCAUCGCGUCUGGAUUCUUUAAUGUCGAUGCACCACUCGAGCAGAUAGAGUCGUUUAUCGUUGGAUGCAACACACCCCUUAUCGACACUUGGACCUAUCGAUGCGAGUUUAUCAAAGAGAUUGACGAGAAAUCAAGCAUCAUGGCCAUGACAUUUAGAACGGUUCUAGCACCCGGCGAAGAAGUUAAAAACUAUGUACUCAAACAAAAACUCUCACUACCAUCCAACAUUAGUUUUAUUGGCAUCAAAUCAAUCGAACAUCAAAAUCAAAACUUUGAUAUUUGGUUUGAACCAACUGGUUAUUUCAUUGUCCCUUUGGAAAAGGGUUGGUCUGUUCGUUAUUUAUUUCAUUUUAAAAUGAUUUAUAUUAAAAAUCAACAAAUUUGUAAAAAAAAGUUAUUAUUAUCAUUAUCAGAAAAAUUAGUAUUUACAUUUAAUUCAAUGAAGAAUCAAAUGGAAAAAUUGGAUUCAGAUUAUCAUCCACAUUAUGAUCAAUUUAAAGAUGCAGAUGAAAUAUUAGAUUAUUUCUCUAAAAUGGCAAUUCAAGAGAUUGAUAAAGAACCAACAGAAGAAAGAAAAGAAGAAUUUUAUAAAAGUGUUAUAAAUUUACCAAAAGAAAAAGCAACAAUGAUGGAAAAGAAAAGAAAGUUUGAUGACUAUGAUUCAAAACUUUUAAUUGCUUCACCUUCUCAAUCUUUUUGUUAUAUGAGAAAUUCAAUAUUACCAUUAUCAUUUAAAAGUAGACCAUUUUUAUUAUUGGUAUCCAAUUCAGCAAAGAGAGUUCAUAUCAAUAUGCAUGCACAAAAAUCACCAAGGUUAAAUUAUUUAAAUAGUAAUACCAUUUUCGAUAUGUUGCCCGAGGAAAUCAUUCAAUAUGUAUUUGGGUUUUUAGAGGCUGCCGAUUUAGCAAGCAUUUCAAUGACUUGUAAAGUGCUAAAAGAAACUUCUUCAACUGAUCAUCUUUGGAAAACUUUAUUUGAUCGUAAAUUUAAAUUAAACAUGUCAUGUUUAUUUCAUGAUGAUAAAUGUAAAAAUAAUAACAACAAUGGUAAUAAUAAUAAUAAUAAUAGUAAUAGUAAUCAAAAUCAAAAUCAAAAUCAAAAUAAUAAUAACCUUAAUCAAAAUAAUGGAAUAAUGGAAAAUUGGAGAAAAUUAUUUAUUUCACAAGAGACGAUAGAGAAUAAUUGGAAAAGAGGGAAAUCUAGAAUUAGUUUUCUUCAAGGUCACGAUAAAAAGAUUACAAGUUUACAAUUUGGUAUGGAGAAUGCAGUGACGUCUAGUAGAGACAAGGAACUGCGCGUUUGGAACCUCGGUACCAAACAAUGUAUAAAGGUGUUGGACAACUUUACAUCGAGUGUCGUGUCUUUUGAAAGUGACAAUAAUUCAAAACUCUCAACCGAGAUAUUCCCCUAUUGUCUCUCAUCGACCGGUCGUCUUCGUAUUGGCAGCAGCAAUGGAUUGGUCGUACACCUCAACAUGGUGACGAUGGAGUCGAUUCCACAGGUCCGAUUUGUUUAUCUGGCCGAUGGCUAUAUCUUUCACCGUGAACAUAUUUAUGUGUGGGAAGCCAACCGACUACAACUUUGGAAUGAAGAAACGAGUCAACGACUCUUUCUUUUGGAAACAGGUCGUUCGAAAAUCAAUGUUUGUAGGCUUGGUCAACACCCCCAACUCUUCACAGCCGGUGAUAAAACACUCAAGCUUUGGGACAUCAAUACACUCCGUCAAGAAAGUCAGCAGCAGCCAGUCCUCACGUUUGCAGGGCAUUCUGCAGCAGUCAGUUGUUUUGACUUUUUAGGCGACCACAAUAUCGUCACUGGAUCACACGACAAAUCAAUCAAAGUAUGGGAUAUCCGACAACCAAUCCAACCAGUUCAAAAUAUCGUAUCUGCUCAUAAAAAACAAUUAAGAUCUCUAAAAAUAGUUUCAAAUCAAAAAAUGGUUACAUCUGAUGAUACUUGUAUUCAAAUUUGGACAACCAAUAAUCUAAAUAAUAAUAAUAAUUCUAGUAAUAAUAGUAAUGGUAACGGUAAUGGACAUGUUGACAAUAAUAAUAAUAAUAAUAACAGUAAUGGCAACAACAAAUAUAUUACAGGUUCCGGAUGGUUUAAAUCAUCAUGUAUAUUGGAUUCAUUUAAAAAUGGAUUAUCAUGUUUGGAAGUUGACGAUGAAUCAAUUCUUGCUGGUUUUAAUGAUGGAAUUGUUAAAUAUUAUGAUUUUACAUCUUGUCCUCAAGCAUUUUAA